CGCAUGCGUGGAGCGUGCACACCUGAGGCAGCGGUGCUCGUCACUUAUAAUCAGGUAAUUGCAGUGAGCGGUGAGGAGCGUGUGCGCGCGGCUGCAGCUGAGGCUCGUUUUCACGCUGUAUUACUGAAGUAUAACUGAAGUGUGGUUUAUUAACGACUCCAUCCAAACAUCCUGCUGCUGCUGCUGUCACGUCAUGAAUCCACCAAACUGCAGAGACGAUGCAAACCCGCCAGAGCACUACAUGCCACAGUCAUCUUCGUCUGCCGCAGGAGGAGGAGGAGGUUUGUAUCUGGACGCCUACGAGGUGUCGUUCCCCCUGGACGAGAAUAUGGAGAGACCAGCGGCCUAUAACCUGAACCAGGGCCAGCAGAUGAUGGACGAGCCUGUGGUGCAUGAGCCUCCUCACUCCCAGUACAGCCCGUUCAUCCUGGUUUCGAACCUGCGGGCUCACCUGUACGUCGCCCUGGAGAAGAACGCCUGGCUGCAGAAGCGCAUCGAGGAGCUGGAGGAGGAACGCAACUUCCUGCGCUGUCAGCUGAAUCGCUUCAUCGUCAGCAUGAGUCCGGAGGUGACAGAGUGGUGUGGAGACGCCCAGCGGAAUGUAAAGGUCCAGCCCUCCACCUCCCCCUCACCUCCCUCCCCCAUGACCACCAGGUCUGGAAUGACCCUCAAACGGCUGCAGGCUGUGGGACCGCGGAGCCGCCGCAGCACCAUCCCUGUCAAGCAGGAGUUUCACGUGGAGGAGGAGAAAUACUACACUGAUGAUGAGUUCGUGGAGGAAGAGGAGGAGGAGGAGGAUGAAGACGAGGAGGAGGCGGUAGAGAAGGGGUCGAAGAAGAAAGGCCGAGGGCGAGGGGAGCCGAGGAUGAAGAUGAGGAGGAUCUUCAGGAUCACACAUGGGAGGGAGAGGCAGAGAGUUAAAGAUCCGGACGGAGUUCUGAUUCGCUACAAGAAGAUCCUGUCCACCUACCAGCGGGUGAGGAGCAUGUCCCGAGCCUUCCAGAUCCACGGCGUCGACCGCAACACCAUGGCCUCCACGUCCCCGGUCGCAGAGCUGCUGCUGGUCGCCCCGGAGAAGGUGGCGGAGGUCGGAGAGUUCGAGGCCUCGAAGGAGAAGCUUCUGGAUUACGCCCGGCGCUGCUACAAGACCAUGGACGAGCCGACGCACGCGAAGGUCCAGAGCCUGAAGAAGACUCACAAGCUGCUUCCCAUCUCCUACAGGUUCAGAAACUGAUCUGACCAAUGUCAAUCAUCAGGAUGAAGUUGGUUUGAAUACAGUUCAGGUUUAUUUCCAAAAAGCUGCUUGACAUAUGUUUAAAAUAGUGUUUUUUCUAUUUGUUUAUCGUGCAGCUCUUUAUGUUGGUCAGGAGGUUUUUCUGACAUUAUCGUUAUGAAACAAGUUACUUUUUGAAGCAUAAAACUUUACCUGAAGUUUAUACGAUAACUCAGAGAUGCAGUGUGACGAUGUUAAACACAAGAUUUCUAUUUAAAAGGCCACUGUCGGACUUUUCAGUCCUGAAAACAUUUACAGAUCUCAGACUGAGUUAGUUCCACCUCAUGUUUUCUAUUCAAUGAGCGACUGGAAUAUUUAUCAUUUAUUUGUUUUUUGACUAUUUUGUAAUUUAUAAAUUAUUAUUUGUAAAAUAUGAACAUUUAUGAUGUGUCAAAGGGAUUUUUGCUUGUUCAUUCAUCUCGUACCUAAGUUAUACAUUUUAUUUGAGUUGACUAAUGUUGUGGCAUUUUUUUGAAUUGUAUCAGUUUAAAAAUAUAAAAAGUAAAUGACUUUCGAAUCUA